AUGGCAUUCCCUCGAAUUCUUAAUUGGCAUUUUCCACAAGUGCCAAGAUUUGAGAAGGCCAUUGAACUCUUCGAUCAUCGUGAUUAUCCCGUUCAUGGCUUAAUGAAUGUGACUGAAGUUGAGCAUGCAUAUAUCGGCAACUUGGCAUUGGAUGUACAUCAUGACAGUACUCCAUACAAUGUUGCACCUGCUGUUCGAGACAAGCCACCACAGGCAAGUCAUGAUGAAAAAGAUGAAGGUAUUCCACUUACAAGAAGUGGAAUAAGUAAGAAACGGAAAGAGGCGUCUGUGGAAAUUAUGGGAAAAGGAGGGAGGCGGCGAAAGGGACAUAAGCCGACAGACCAGCCUUCUUCAUCAACUGCAGGAGUUGCUACUCAUCACCAAGGAGUGGGAGUUAGUGCUGAAGGGUUGGGAGAUAGGAUGGACGUUGAAGGGGAUGAAAAUAAAGAAGAGUAUGGUCCCGAUGCGACCCCCGUUGAUAGACAGUCACAGCCAUAUGUUGACGACGAUGCAGGACCAAGUGUUACGAUUAUUGAGAAAUUGCUUAUAAACAGUGAGAAGUAG